GUGAACAGCAGCUAAUGGCCAGCAGCAGCUGCUCCACUGGACUCCACUUGGAGUCUACACUUGGUGACCCUGUCCUUUGUCUCCCUCAUGAUGUCAUCUCAACUACCUUCCUGUUCUGCUGGGUUCCUGUGCACCCCUGAGGGUUCCUCCCGCAGUAGAUGUGAUUCUCUCUCUCUGGGAAGCAGCAGUGGCCCCAUGCCCGCGUGAGUUGCCUGGGGAACCCUCCUUAGCUGGCAAGCUCUGCAACUCAAAGGCUUCCAGGGCAGCUGCAGCUAGGCAGGCGGGCGGGCCAGUCCGUGUGCGCCUCCUGGAGGGGCUCAGCUGAAAAGCGACUGGAGCGGGACCUUGAGCUCUUACUAGACUGGCCAGGAAGGGCCCAGGCGGAGGCGGCGGCUGAAGACCAGCACACGCGAGAAAGCGGAGCUGCGUGUCACCGGCAGGGGCUGAGGGUUCGGGACAGGUAGGGGGCGCGCCGGCCGGGCCAGCUGAGGCCUCCUCGGGUGUCUCCGCCCCACCCUCCCGCGGCCGCUCCAGGAAGGGAGCCGAGCGGCCGCAGCCUGGCGGCGGCGCCCCACGCAGAAGGCCGGGACAGCGCGGACGCCCUCUGCUCGCACUAAUGGCUUCCUCAGAGGAGCAAGGAGGGGUCACCUGUGGUUUCAUCCGCCAGAACUCCAGCAACUCCAUUUCCUUGGACUUUGAGCCAAACACAGAGUACUGGUUUGUGGAGCAGUUGGAAGAGCGCUACAAGUGCGCCUUCUGCCACUCCGUGCUGCACAACCCCCACCAGACAGGCUGCGGGCACCGCUUCUGCCAGCACUGCAUCCUGGCCCUGAGAGAAUUAAAUGCAAUGCCAAUCUGCCCUGUAGACAAAGAAAUUAUCAAAUCUCAGGAGGUGUUUAGAGACAAUUGCUGCAAAAGGGAAGUUCUCAAUUUAUACGUGUAUUGCAAAAAUGCCCCUGGAUGUAAUGCCAAAAUGAUUCUGGGACGAUAUCAGGAUCACCUGCAGCAGUGCCUGUUCCAGACCAUUCCAUGUUCCAAUGAGAACUGCCGGGAAGCCGUGCUCCGGAGAGACCUGCAGGAGCACCUGAGCACGGGCUGCCAGUUCCGGGAGGAGAAAUGCAUUUACUGCAAGAAGGACGUGGUAGUAAUCAAUCUACAGAACCAUGAAGAGAACUUGUGUCCUGAGUACCCAGUGUCUUGUCCCAACAAAUGCUCACAGGUUUUUCCAAGAACCGAGGUGGAUGAGCAUCUGGCUGUGUGUCCGGAAGCUGAACAAGACUGUCCUUUCAAGCACUACGGCUGUGCCGUGAAGGAUAAGCGGGGAAGCCUGUGGAAGCACGAACAGUCAGCCUUACGGGAGCACAUGCUUCUGGUUCUGGAGAAGAACUUCCAGUUAGAAAGACAGAUUUCUGAGUUACAUAAGAGCCUAGAGCAAAAAGAAAGCAAAAUCCAGCAGCUCACAGAAACUGUAAGGAAAUUCGAAAAGGAGUUCAAGCAGUUUGCACAGUUGUUUGGUAAAAACGGAAGCUUCCUCUCAAACAUACAGGUGCUUACCAGUCACAUUGACAAGUCAGCCUGGCUAGAAGCUCAAGUGUGUCAAUUGUUACAAAUGGUUAACCAGCAACAACAUAACUUUGACCUGAGGUCUUUGGUGGAAGAGAUUGAUGCAGUGAAACAGAAAAUCACCCUGCUAGAAACCAAUGAUCGACGAUUAGUUGUUUUAGAAGGAGAGACUAACAAACAUGAUGCCCACAUUAAUAUUCACAAAGCACAGCUGAACAAAAAUGAGGAGCGAUUUAAACUGCUUGAGGGUACCUGCUACAAUGGAAAGCUCAUUUGGAAGGUGACAGACUACAAGAUGAAGAAGAGGGAGGCGGUGGACGGGCACACAGUGUCCAUCUUUAGCCAGCCAUUCUACACCAGCCGCUGCGGCUACCGGCUCUGCGCUCGAGCAUACCUGAAUGGAGAUGGGUCUGGGAAGGGGACACACCUGUCCCUGUACUUUGUGGUGAUGCGAGGAGAGUUUGACUCACUGUUGCAGUGGCCAUUCAGGCAAAGGGUGACCCUGAUGCUUUUGGACCAGAGUGGCAAAAAGAACCACAUUAUGGAGACCUUCAAAGCUGACCCCAAUAGCAGCAGUUUUAAAAAACCUGAUGGGGAAAUGAACAUCGCCUCUGGCUGUCCUCGCUUUGUGGCUCACUCCACUUUGGAGAGUGCCAAGAACACCUACAUUAGAGAUGACACACUGUUCUUGAAAGUGGCUGUGGACUUGACUGACCUGGAAGAGCUCUAGUCCCUGUUUAGGAUUGAGGCAAAAAACCUCAGAGUGUGGAGAACACACGGGAUGGAUUUAGACUCCGUCUAAAUUGUACUGAGCUUUUCAUCUUUUGUGUCUGAAGUCAGUUUAAAACUUCCAAAGAACUGUUUUCUUUUUGCAUUUUAUUCUGAUGCAGUUGGAAACUUAGAACUUUUAGAAUAUCUUCUUGUUUAAAAAAAUGAGUAUUUUCUUGUUAUUUAUAUUUUAUAUCUCACAGAAGAUAGUAUGUUUCUUUAAAGCAAAGUCAGAGGCUUGUCUCUUAUGGGUGUUUGAAGCCUCUCAGGUACUUUACCCUAACCCUGAGGACACACAGCUGAAAACGCUUGGGCAUUUAUCCACUCAAAUCAGACCUAAACACACUCAGUGUUGCCUGUUCCUUUUGGAGACUAUUUGAAGUCAUAAAUUGCUAUGAAAAUGGGAAUGUAUGUAGAGUUGUAAGUUUCUUGUCUGAGUCUGGACUACUUUCUGAAUAACGAAUGAUCGUGUUCUUAAGCAUCCAUCGUGUAGAUCUGGGGGUGUGCAUACAAAUCAAGAUGAGCCCUGUGACUCUUAAUAAGCCUGAGCUUCAUCAAAUUGGGAGUGUUUUCCUAACCUGAAAUGCACUUUUAUGCCACUUGCCAUUGUUCCCCUUGGGUGGGCACUCCUGAGUAUUUCAGAAUAAGUGCCAUGGCCUCAGGGCCUUGGGGCAACCACACAUCUUACCAUUUCCGAACAGUUCACCCUACUGAACAGCCAAGAAUUGUAUUACUUACUUCUAGGAAUGACAGCAACCUUUUUUCUUUCUCCUGUGGAAUUUUCAAGAUGCUAAUGACUCAUCCACAAGAAUCAUCCCUGAGGAUUAAGUUCAAAGAAAUAGAUGUGCCAUGGAAUUGUAGUAGAGAAUGACACUGUGGCUCCUGAUCUGCUCUGGUUGGUUCUGGCCAACACAGCAUCUCAGAUAAACUCAGGAUACAUCCUGUAGCCCACAAGGCCAGACCGGAACUUGCUGCUUGUCUGUCUCUUUUUAAUCAUGUCCCAGGUCACUCUGUGUCUCCCAGGAGCAGAUGAACAUGUUGUACUU